GCCGAUGACGUCUUUGUAGACGCAAACAUGGCGACGUCGACCAUAAAGCUUCCCCGACGGCUGCCUUUACUUUUAAUCGAUGGAGUGCUUUUUCCUGGCGCCUCGAUUCGGAUACCGGUGACAUCGCACAGAAACAUGAACAUGGUGAAGCACCAUCUACUGAGCCACAGUACUUUGAGCAGUGCAAUCAUUGGUGUUGUUCCACGAGAAGAAAGUGGCUCGAAUGAGGAAGAAGCAUGGUCCAUGCAUCACUUGGGCACAGCCGGUAUCGUAGUUCAGGUGACAGGCACCAACUGGCCCCGCCCCUCGUACACGCUCCUGGUUACGGGGCUGUGCCGCUUCCGCAUCGACAGCCUCAUGCAGGAGUCGCCCUACCUCGUGGGCAACGUCUCUCAGCUGGAUAAACUUCCAGCUAUCGACAUUGAUGACCCCAACACAGAAUUAAGUGAGCUCAUGGACCAAUUUCGAGAACAAGCCACAAAGUUGAUUGAUAUGCUGGACUUGUCUGUGCCCUCCAUCGUGAGGCUGAAGCGGCUCCUAGUUUCACUUCCAGUCCAGAGUUUGCCAGACGUCUGUGCAGCAAUAGUUAGGGCUUCACACGCUGAACGACUUCAGGUGCUCGACGCUGUUGAUUUGGGUGAUCGCUUCAAGAAGACACUACCUUUGCUGAUCAGGCAGAUUGAGGGUCUUCAACUCCUGCAACAUGCAAAGAAGGAUGGUAGCACAUCACGGUCUUUCCAGGUGGAAAAACUGGCUUCAUCACACCGUCCAAGGCAGCAGCUGGACAUUGAUGACGACGAUUUUGAGGAAGGCGAUGAGGUCGGAUCGUUGGAGAAGAAAAUUAAGGCUGCAGAAAUGCCAGAUCACGCACGAAAGGUUGCCACUAAAGAACUGCAGAGAUUGAAAAAAAUGCCUCCUCAUAUGCCGGAACAUGCCAUGACCAGAAACUAUUUGGAAUUGCUGAUUGAUCUGCCUUGGUCACAGUACUCCCCUGAGGUGGUUGACCUCAAUAAAUCUCGGUCGGACCUGGAUGCUGAUCACUAUGGCAUGGAAAAGUUGAAGAAGCGGGUACUGGAGUAUCUUGCAGUCCGAAAGCUCAAGAGUUCACUCAAAGGACCCAUACUCUGCUUUGUGGGUCCACCUGGCGUUGGAAAAACCAGUGUAGGACGCUCCAUCGCACGUUCUCUCGGCCGAGAGUUUUACAGGAUAUCGCUCGGCGGCGUCAGCGAUCAGGCCGAUGUCAGGGGCCACCGGAGGACCUACAUCGGUUCCAUGCCAGGCCGAAUCAUCCAGGGAUUGCGGACUGUGGGCGUCAAGAACCCUGUUUUUCUGCUGGACGAGAUUGACAAAAUGACCCCCGGUAUUCAUGGAGACCCUGCGGCAGCUUUACUCGAGGUGUUGGAUCCAGAGCAAAACUGUGCCUUCAUUGACCACUACUUGAACAUUCCUUAUGAUCUUUCUAAUGUUUUGUUCAUUGCUACGGCAAAUACUUUAGCUACCAUCCCAGCUGCUUUGCUGGACAGGAUGGAGGUUAUAGCAGUGGCUGGUUACACCCAUGAGGAAAAGAACCACAUUGCGAGGAAUCACCUUCUUCCAAGGCAACUGAAGGAGCACGGAAUUACUAAUGACAUGAUGCAAGUAACUGACGAUGCUAUUAGCAAACUGGUGGUGAAGUACACACGGGAGGCUGGAGUUCGCACAUUGGAGCGGAAGAUUGGCGCGCUAUGUCGGGCAGUGGCCGUGAAGAUUGUGGAGAAGGAGAAUCUGUCUGACCUUGCAGAGGAAGCAAGUCAGGAGCCAGUCUUAAACGUUUCGACUAGCGUCACGGUGGCACCCCACCCUCCAUCUCUUCCCAUCGUCAUUGACGAAGUGGCUGUGGAGGAUAUCUUGGGUCCCCCGUUGUAUGACCUGGAGAUGGACUCUCGGCUCCUUCAGCCGGGCGUGGCAGUGGGGCUGGCCUGGACAGUGGCCGGUGGAGAAAUAAUGUUUGUUGAGGCAUCGCGGAUGGAAGGUGAUGGCCAGUUGGUGCUUACGGGGCAGCUGGGGGACGUCAUGAAGGAGUCUGCCAAACUGGCCCUCAACUGGCUGCGCAUCCAUGCUGACAAAUUCAGCAUCCCAGUCCAGCGGGGGGCUGACCUCAUGGAGGGCACAGAUGUGCAUGUGCACUUUCCAGCUGGAGCCGUCUGCAAGGAUGGACCUUCUGCAGGUGUCACCAUUGUUACGGUGCUGGUGUCUCUCUUCACGGGACGCACGGUGCUUCCAGACGUUGCCAUGACGGGAGAGAUCACGCUUCAGGGCCUCGUGCUUCCGGUGGGGGGCAUCAAAGACAAGGUGCUGGCUGCUCACCGUGCUGGCAUGUGCAAAGUAAUCCUGCCUAAGAGGAAUAAGAAAGAUUUGCAGGAAGUUCCACAAUCUGUCAAGGAUGACCUGACAUUCCAUCUUGUCACCCACAUAGAAGAGGUGCUCCAGCAUGCUUUUGAAGGUGGUUUUCCUGAUCUGCCAAAAUUUGUAGACAAUGUCCUCAGCAAGCUAUAACUUAUGUAGCCUUGGUUUGGUUUGGUUGGAAAUCAAAGGCAUAGCUUUAAGGUUGUGCAAAAUCUAGAUGCCAUUUACAAAACAAACUCCCAAAGAUGAGUAUAUUUACUGGGUUCUGGGUUUAUAGAAAUUAUGAGGGCAUGUUUAUAUAGUAUUAAAGGGAUACUUCAACGAAAUUUGAAAUAUUCCCGACGUGUUCAAAAAUAGGUUGAAUAUGAUCCACAAUAUCCGUAAAUGACAAUCGCACGUUUGUAUUUUGAUCCUGGUGGCUGUAUUUUUCUUUAUAAACGGCCCACUCUGGCAAGCGCUCAGAGAAGGCCCAGCUUAGAGCACGUGACAUCCAACGCAAUCAUGACGUAGGUCGUCUCAAGACGAGCAAAGCUACGGCGAGGCUGACGUCGAGAGGAUGGCCUAGUCGUUCCAGCCACCGAAGCGGCUGCUUUUGUACGAAUUUUGAGUGACAGGUUAAUCUUCUAGGGGGACAGUAGCGACUUCUGCGACACACAAAAGGGAUUCUCGGGAAGAGGGGAGUUCCUCCUUUCCCCCUUCUCUCGUCGUGGCCGGAGACGAGACAACCUCCGUCACUAGCUGUCAAGGUUCCUAGACGAGCAUUACAAACGAGGCGUUAGCAACAUCCACCAGGUGCUCUUUGCUAAUCGUUUAAUUCGUUUUAAAAUUCUUUUUCGAGACUUUUUUAAGAAGAUAUUGGUAUGUUCCAUGUGAUACUGCUCUUUUGAACACAUAUAGACCAAAAAAUGAGCGCCGAAAUUUCGUUGUAGUAUCCCUUUAAAGUAUGUGCUUUGCCUUUGCAAGCACAUAUGUUCUACUUUAAAAUAGUGGCCCCUAAGCCCUCUUGUCUAUAUUUUUAUCCUGCUAUUGGACUCCUUUCUUAACAAUGUAGCCAACUCUUAACACAUAACUAAUAUCAACUUAAGCAUUUUUUUUUUUUUUUUAAAUUCUUAGUGAUGCUGCAUAGUAUCUGAGGGUCCUGGUGGUUGUGGUGUAUGUUUCUCAUAAGUAUUUGUAGCUCUGGAUGAUCAAGUUGGAAGUUGCUAGUGGUGCUAAUGAAUCUCAGUCAGGGACAUCUAAAACUUUGAAUGUGAAUCAAAUAUGUCACAGAUUUAUAUGAUAUAUGACAUAGUAAAUGUUAUAGUAGAACGUUAAGUUCAAUUGUUUUCUCGUGGGUCAUGUCAUGCGACACACUUUGGGGCCAUUGCUCUGUAAUUUGUUUGAGUUUUCUUGUAAUUAAACUUUUAUUGCAAUGUGUGCAUCAAAAUCAAAAUAAUUUGCAGUUGAAAUGCAGUUAUAGAAAGUAAUAUUUUAUGUGUAAAACAAUUAUAUAUUUUUUUUUCUUAAUUCAGAAGGGUAUGUUUUUUUUUUUCUUUUUUUUUAGAAUGUUUACAAAAAAAUGAUAAAGGUAAAGUCUUGACUAAUUUUUUUUUAUUUUUUUUUAUUCUGUGCAUGCCUAAUGAUUGCCAGCCAUUUCACAUUCAAUCGAUUGCCUUUAGUAUGUUGUAAACGACUUGAUUUUCACAGGCUCGGUAUUUCACAGAUCUUGUGGAGUGGGUUUUGGGAAUAUUUUGCGGCCACAAAAUAUUGGGAUUUGGAAUGAUGUGCUAUGUACCCGUUAGCACGGACUGGUACAUUCAAGAAAUUAAAUUUUCAGUAUUUUUCUAGUCGUAAAAAUAUGUGAAACACAAGUCCUCGCAAAAUUUCGGUUGUUUACAGUAUUGUCAAUGUCCAGUCUUCUCUUUGGAGCCCCGUUUACUAUAAAUAGAGCCGGAGUGGGUUCUGAAUAUCUUAGACCAGUGACUUUCUGCUGUUGGAAUGUAUGAGCUUAGUGAAGGUUUAAUCCAGAGAGGAAUAUAUGUCUGUGGCUAUUGACCAUGAGUAUAACAACCAUUCCUGGGAACAAAGAAAUUGGUUUAAGGUUACCUUUAUCUUGCCCUGUUUUUUCCUUGUCUAGAUUUAUGUUUUUGAGUUUACUGUGCUUUGAUGUUUGCAAACUGCUUUUUGACAGGUAGCGCUUAAUCCCUUGCCCUAAACAAGUUAAUAUGUUUGCCACAUGUAUUGCUCACUACUAGAAGUGACACUAUGCGAUAUACUAGUAUGAGGCCUGUUCAAAAAGAAACCAAAGAAUUUAUGUAGGCUGCAAGUAGAUGAUGCAGCAGACAGACGAUGAUGGCGAUGUUUAGCGGCGGCAUUCAGCAUUAAUCGCCAAGUUGCUAAAUCACGCCAUAUUAUUGAAGGCAGAUUUUCUGAAGGCAGAAGUGUGGAGGUGUCUGUGUAGGGUCUGCCAUUUCUGAGCGCAGCAAAUAUAGUGUGUUGUAAGAUAUUGCAUGCAGUUGCAAAUAAACUUUCAGUUCCACAGCACCUUGCUCCCUGGAGUUGACUCCUGCUGACUUCCUGCUUCCAGAGUUUAUGUUAAUGCUGACAGGUUGUUGAUUCCAGGCGAUAAGAGAUACAAGAAGAAAAAAAAAUGUUGCAAAACCUGUGGAACAUUGCAAAGGACGAUUUCCAGAGUAUAUUCCUUUUGAACUGGAAGAAGGAUUGGGAGCAGUUUCAUAAGUACAAGUGGGAACUACUACUUUGAAAGAGACAAGUGUGGUUAGUUGAGGAACAUAGGAGUUAUUUUUAUUUUUAGAAAGUUUGCUUUCUAUUUGAACAAGCCUCCUACUUAAUUUGAUGGGCAAAGGUCUCCCAUUUGUACUACUACCGGGGAGUGCCCACCCCACUUUCACUGAAAACUGGGUUAAUCUAGACAUGGGCACUUGUCCGGUAAAUUGACACAUCAAAAUCUUUUUUUAUUUUUUUUAUUGUUUGAAACGAUCGAAAGCGAUGCCUGGACAUAAUCCUCAAAAUUCGAAACUUCGGAAUUCAGUAUUUGUGAAGUAAAACAAUUUCCAAAUGCUGAAUUCGAAGUUCCCGCGCGAUCCGCGCCAGUGGAGUGACGUCAAAUUUUGAGGGCUCUUGAGAGUCGAGUUUCUUUCGCGCCUCCGCUCCGAAACGUGUCUCCGCGACCCGAAGCGAGGAGAGAAGGGCGCCGGCGUCGCGGGAACUACCGUACCGGGAAACCGGUUUCCAGCGUGAGUGCCGUGCCGCCUAUCGCUUCGAGCAGACGACGGUGCCCCGGCGGAAGAACAACCGAAACUACGAUACGCAGACACCAAACCCAACUGUUUUGACCGUUUGACGAUUUCCUUUUCGAAGUCUGAGAGGUCGUCGGGCACCUAUAAAAGGCCACUUCGUCCGAUUCCCCGACUCACCAAUCACCCUCUGCUACUAGAGUUCCUGUAUAGCUACCUACGGUCCCGUAGGGAGCCUAUACAGAAACUCUAUCUGCUACUUGCGACGAGCGCCGCCAUGUUUUCCGAGGGAGGAUAAAAAUCCAGAAGGCGACAUCACAACGGACUCCGAUUUUUGUUAUUUCAAAAAGAAGGGCCGUAGUGCAUUUGCAAUUCCGUUAAGAAAAACAUCUUUUACGAUUGCCGUUAUUAAAUGUUUUAGAAAUGUCGCCUACAAAGCUUCUAAAUUUCAUGAGUUUUGACGUCACCAAUCAAAAGCAAGGAAAAUGCCGAAAAUAAAGAGGCGCGCGCGCGCAUGGAAAAUAUUUUUUUUGCGAUAUAUAUAUAUAUAUAUUUGUCUACGUUUUAGACAAUAGAAAAAAAAGAUAGAUUUUUGGUGUGUCAGUGCCCCUUUAACGUAUAGUCUGCAGGAUUCCCAAGUUUGGGAAAAGAUUGGACGCUUGAACUAAGUGGGUGCUUCCGCGGUAUUUUACGGUAUGCAUAUUACUUUUGUCAAAGCAUUCGCUACUGAGGAUGGGGAAGUUCUAUUGAAAAUCGGGUGCUCUCUUUUGUGUGUGUAUAUAUAAAUAUUUUAGAGAGUGUAAUAUAUUGCAACUGAUAUUUUAUUUUUAGUCUAAUAAAUAUGCUAUAGAAGUAUUGA